AUGGCUUCUGCGUCAGGAGUCCGGAGCGAGGAGAACGUGCCGCCGGGUGGCGCUUUGGAUACCGCGCCUUUGACUCCCGCCCCAACGGAGCCUGCCGCCGCCUCCCGGCCUCCCCUCUGCGCUAUCCAGCCGCACGGGCAGCCCCGGCCGCUGCAGGCGAUGCCCAAGAAAGGUUUUGGGGUUAAGAAGGCAGCGAGCAAGGGCAAGAAGCCGACGACGGGGGAAAGUUCUGCGGAGGUCCCUCGUCCCAAAGUGCGAGAUGCCAUCUUGUUCUGGGAAGAGAAUUGCAAUCGUAAUGCGCAGAAUGUUUCGUCAGCACGGCUACAAGAUGAGUGUUCUGAGCUAAAAAGAACGCAAGCUUCACUUGAGAAAGCACUCAAUUUAAACGCAAUAUACCAACAGGAACUGGCAUCUCGCAGUUCUGUUGAACAAGACAAGGAUGAAACCCAUAGGCAGGUUGAGGAUGAAUUGGCUAAGCUAUGGGGUCUUUUCAUUGAUCUCAUGUAA